AUGGAUCUGGGCCCUUUGAGACUGCCCCACUUAGCGCCACGUGACGACGGUUCGGCCAGCGGGUCGCCAAGAGCGUCAAAAGGGCUGUGGGCGGGGGGUGACGUUCUGGGGGCAGAAGUGGGGGGGAGCGGCAUGGCGCCAGAUGGCAUCCACAAGAGCAACGGGUUGGCGGACUCCAAUGCUGCUUUCUUCAGCGGAAGGAGCGACAUUAACACCGCACUGAUUGGCGGGGGGAGCAGCGAAGAGGGCAGCCCUCUGUCUAGUUCUCUGAGCCCGCGCGGCCGCAGCCUGAACCCCCUGGAAAGCGUCAAAGCGCAGCCAAGUCCGAUGGAUUCCCCGGGAGCGUCCGACGACUCAGCGUCCGAAUCCCAAAGCUCGACCGUCACUUCCCCAGGCAUGGGCAGCCCCCGCCGGCUUCGGAAAGAAGGUUCCGCCCUGUCUGCGAGCUGGGAUUCCCCCCUUUCCGGCCGGAACCUGCUGAAGGAGUCACUGAUUGCAGCGGAGUCGCGCAGCAAUGGGGGGUUCGGGAGCCCGGUGGAGCACCCCCCCGGGCGGAUCCAAACCGGGAGCCUCAGGCUGAGCUACGACGGGUUGUUGGGAACCGACUCCCCCCUCGGGACGCCGAAGAUUGCGAAGGGGAGGGAACGCCACAUGGACAGUCCAAAAGACAGUUCUAGCGCGAGCCACGACUUCAGUUUCUCUCCCGGAGGGGUCGGGAGCAGGCACGCGCCCCUGAUGGGCAGCCCCCUGGGAAUGGGGCUCAGUUCGGGGGGGCGCGACAGCGACACUUCAAACCCCCUCGGGGUGACGGUUUUCAAGCGGGAGGCGAUCCACGAGGGGGAUCCCCUGAUACGUCACGGCAGUAUCAAGAAGCUGGGGCUGUCGAUCGCAAUCCCCGACGCGACCGCGGACCAGGACCCCCCCGCGCCGAAGGCCUACGAGACGUCCCCCAAAGGUGACAUCAGCAAAGGGCUGGGGUCGCCGACGCGGCCGAAGGCGGCGGCGGGGUCGCCCAAGGACAAGCCGCUCUCGCCGUUCGUCGCGGACAAGCUAUCGUACGGGGCGCAUAAGCCGGCGGCUGGCGACGCGCCGAGCAGCUUCAGCACCGGGCUGACGCUUCCGACGCUGACACGUGUCUCGAGCUACAAGGCACGUGCUAAGGUCGCGCCGGAGCCUCCGAAUCUGCGCAUCUCGGACGAGGUCGUGCGUCCGGAGGAUCUGGGGGGGCACAUAAGCGGGCAGCGCGUCUCGGGGGAUAAGCGGCCGGCUCGCAAGGACCACGUGAUGCAGGCGAUCGACGGCGACAGUUCGAAGCCUCUCUCGGGCGUCGAUUCGCUGACCAUGCUCUCGCGCAAGGUCGGGGUGGCCAAGAAAGCGGGCCACGGGGAAAGCUCGCACGAAAAUGACGUCAACGGGGAGACAGUUACGGAGGUGGUCAAGAGCAAACCCGCGAACAGCAGUCCCUGGCGGCCGCUCGAGCAGGGCCCCGGGGGGGUCAAAUUACUGGCGGCGGCGACCCCCAAGAAGGCGGGGAGGGAGAAGGCGCCACAAGAGGAUGCGGACGUCCAGCCCGCGGCCGGACAAUCGAGAAGUGGCCCGGACGGGGCUGACGUCAGCCAGGAAGCGAAGGACUCGAAGCACGCGGCAAAGGCCCCGCGCGAGCCCCGCGACGCGCGGCGGUCCACCCGCAGCUCCCGCGAGAGCGACGACUCCGGCGCGGACAGGGCCUCCACGGCGGCGCACGGGCUGCCCGCCGACCGGGAGUGGACGUGGAGCGACUUCAAAGUGCGGCGGGAGGUCGGCGUCGGGCGCUACUCCACCGUCUACCAGGCUGAAGUGCGGGCGACGCAAUUUCCGGUUGCCCUCAAGAUGUACCACCAGAAGAAGAUGGACAGCUAUGUUGAGAACCAGGUGCGGCGAGAGAUCCGGCUGCACGGGCGCGUCCAUCACAAGUACAUCUCCGAGAUCUACGGCCACUUCGAAGACAAAGACGGCAACAUCUGCCUCGUGCUGGAGUGGGCGCCGUUAGGGGACGUGUUUGAGGACCGGCGGAAGAGCAAGGGGCCGCUCACGGAGGAGCGCGCGGUGAAGGAGGUCGUGCAGCCGCUCAUGCUCGCGCUGCGGUACAUGCACAAGCAGGGGAUCAUCCACAGAGAUAUCAAGCCGGAGAACAUUUUGGUGUUCCCCAACAAGCUGAUCAAGCUGGCCGAUUUUGGAUUCGCCAUCAACCUCAACGAGCAGAGGCCCUGUACGCGACUGGGCACUACUGAUUACAUGGCCCCCGAGAUCAUCAACGUGGACGACGAGCACCGCGACCGGGAGAAGGGCAACUACGACACGGCCGUCGACGCCUGGGCGGUCGGGAUCCUCGCAUACGAGCUGCUCACCGGAAGGCCGCCCUUCCAGUCGGACUCCCGCAAGGAGACGUACGCCCUCAUCCGGAAGGGUGACGUCGUGAUUCCGUCGUACCUGUCAACGGAAGCCGCCUCGUUCAUCCUGACCGCCCUCACGCGGAACCCGCACAAGCGGCCGGGCGUUGUGCAGCUGCUGCAUCACCCCUGGAUCCUAACCCAUGGGGUCCGCUCCCACCGGCGGAGCUACAGCCACUCCCCGGUGCGCAGCCGGCAGGGCUCGGUCGCCGCCAAGGGCGACGGUCUCGUCAACACCGAGCCCAUCGUCUCGUCACCGACCGCGGAGGACGGCGCGCGCGCAAAGCGCGCGCCCAAGAACCGCGCGCUUGCGGGCGACAUGCUGGCCGCGAGCCAUUCGACGAACGAUCUCUCCGGGCUGACGAAAAAGGCGGCGCUGCGGGCGGUUGUGGGCGAUCCUCUAGGGGGAGGUAAGGUUUUUGGGGAAAGUUGGGAGGGGACUGGGAGCCAGCCGGGGAGCCCCAAGGCCGGGGGGGUGGAUGGCGAGGGGGCGCGGACCCCCCAUUACAUGAGCUCGCUCAAGGGGGUGAUGAAGAACGCGUUUUCGCGGAGUAAGAGUCAGAAGGAGCUGGCGUCGCCCAAAGGCCGGUCGGGGCUGAUGAGUCGGGUCACGCCAAAGGGGAGCAAUAUCAGCACGUAA